AUGACAAUGAGCAACAACGUAAUUAAUGGGCAGUUUGGAGACACCACGCUGACCAAAGUGUUCGUCGGAGGGCUGGCUUGGGAGACUCCCAAGGAGGCCUUAAGAGAGCACUUUGACAAGUACGGUGAGAUCUUGGAGGCCGUCAUCAUCUCUGAUAAGCUCACCGGCAGAUCCAAGGGCUACGGUUUCGUCACAUUCAAGGAGGCUGAGGCUGCUAAGAAGGCUUGCGAGGACGCGACGCCCUUCAUCAACGGCCGCCGCGCCAACUGCAAUCUGGCUUCCCUCGGGGCUCGCCGCCCCAGGUCAGCUUCAACCACCACCCCUCCUCCUCCUCCUCCUCAACGAGGAUCAAACGGUGGUGGAGCAAGAUCCAUGUCACCUGCACCUGCACCUGCAAAUCACGUGCAGUGGUACUAUCCAGCACCAGCAGGUACUCCAGCAACCCCAUUCCAUCACCAGCAUCACCAGCCUGUUCCAUUCUAUGGGUACUCCCCAACCUACAUUGCUGCUGAUAUGGGUUAUAACCAUAAGCUAGGCUACACAGGUGGGGCCUACAUGAAUGGGCAUUACUCUCCUCAAGUGUACCCAGGCCAGCCUAUGGUGGGGCCAAACACAUUGAUGCCAAUGUACCCUCUUUACCACUACCACCAUCAAUCACAUACAAUGGGCUUACCUGCUCACAUCUUUCCACCAACCACAGCGGGACACGUGGCAGCAGUCCCAAGCAUCAUGUCCAAACCUGCGUCAAUCGCUCCCAACACAGGGACAGUUGGCACAGAGGAAGAGAGCUUUACAAAAGUUGGCUAA